GUGCCAUGGCGUCAUCUUCCUCUGCCUCCUCCGCCUCUUCGAGCUUUCCCGGUGUAUCGCUAAUCCGCAUCGUGGGCGGGGUACCCGCUACUAACUUUGUUCGGGCACCGCAACGCCAGAUUGUACAGCCUCAGAGGACCAGCUUUCCUUCCCAGACCAUCCAGACGUUCCGCGUUCCCCAGCAGAUGCUUCCCCAGAUGGCGUCAUCAGUGGGCGGCCCAGUGCUUCAACAGAUUACGUCAUCCGUUGGCGGUGCAAUGCUUCCCCAGAUGACGUCAUCCGUUGACGGAGCUGUGCUUCCCCAGAUGACGGAUUCAAUUAGUGGCGCUGGUCUUCCCUUUGGUACCGUGAUAAUAGGCGGCGGACACGACAUUCCCUCCGUGGAUGUGCCAGAGCUUUACAAACCGGAUUUGCCUGAUUUCGUUUCAUAUGAAAACUGGAUGCACCCACAAACUUCCAAGAAAAUGUAA